UACACACUGUUGCCAUUACCAGGAAAACGCCGACAAUAACGGGAGCCGUAAACAACCUAGAGAAAAUAAUUGAUAACAACCUGCGACGUAAUUAGAACGGAAUUUUCCACCGUAGGCGGCCUGUUUCAAUGUCAGUUCUAGUCAGAUUUAUACGACGAAGCAUAGUGACCACCCCCCAUACGCAGAAACUACGCAGGAUGUCUGUCCAAGAGCCUAGAGGUCAAAGGGCGACCAUUGCCGUGGGCCAAAUGCGAUCCACCAGUGACAAGGUGGCCAAUCUCUGCCAGGUAAAGGAGCUGGUAGCUAGGGCCAAGUCUAGGAACGCCUGCAUGCUCUUCCUUCCCGAAUGUUGCGAUUUUGUGGGCGAGAACCACGCCCAGACUCUGGAGAUGUCUGAAAAACUGGAUGGAGAGCUGAUGGCCCAGUACUGCGAUCUGGCCAAAAGCAACGGGAUCUGGCUGUCCCUGGGCGGAGUGCACGAACGGAACGACCAGGGUAAGAUCUACAACGCGCACGUUCUGGUAAAUGAGAAAGGAGAGCUGGCCGCGGUAUACAGGAAAAUGCAUUUGUUCGACGCCACCACCAAAGAGAUAAGCCUGCGGGAGUCGAACACCGUGACGCCGGGCGAGCGCCUAGAGCGGCCAAUAAGCACGCCCGCCGGUCAGGUUGGACUCCAAAUCUGCUACGAUCUCCGGUUUGCCGAGCCAGCGGUGCUGUUAAGAAAACUGGGUGCACAGUUGCUCACGUACCCGGCUGCCUUUACCUACGCCACGGGCAAGGCACACUGGGAGAUACUAUUGCGGGCGAGGGCGAUCGAGACGCAGUGCUUUGUGAUCGCAGCGGCCCAGCAAGGAUGGCAUAACCAGAAGCGGCAGAGUUGGGGUCACAGCAUGAUAGUCAGCCCUUGGGGAAAGGUGCUGGCCAACUGCGGCGGCGAGCAGGAGCUUGAAAUCGGAAUUGCCGAAGUGGACCUUUCGACGCUGGAGGCCCUGUAUCAGAGCAUGCCCAGUUUUCAACACCGGCGGCACGAUCUUUAUAGCCUGACGGCCUACAACAUUCGGAGCAAGAAACCUGCAGAGGAUCGCCCCUUUGCCCACAACAUUGUGGACAAACGCACAAUUUUCUACGAAUCGGAGCACUGCUUUGCCUUUACCAACUUACGUUGCGUGGUCGAUGGUCAUGUUCUGGUAUCAACCAAGCGGGUAACUCCGCGGCUUUGCGGCCUCGACUGUGCUGAGAUGGCGGAUAUGUUCGCGACGGUUUGCAUGGUGCAGAGGCUGCUGGAGAAGAUUUACAAAACUACUUCGGCCACCGUAACGGUGCAGGACGGCGCCCAGGCCGGACAAACUGUUCCCCACGUGCACUUCCACGUUAUGCCCCGCCGCAACGGGGACUUUGGCCACAACGAUCAGAUAUACGUGAAACUAGACGAAUGCGCCGAAGAAAAGCCACCCCGCACGAUCCAGGAGAGGAUCGAGGAGGCGAAAGUGUACCGUAAGUUUCUGCUGGACUGUAGCUAACUGCUAGUCCCGACUCUUUCCUCAGUCAUGUGUUUAUUACUAUAAUAAAUAACCCGUCGAUCGCCCA